GUGUGUGAGGUGGCGGGGUUGUUGAGGAUAAUGUGCCGUCAUGCUGCUGGCGUUUGCUUGUCAGGAAGGACUCGAAAUCUUUUGGAAAAGGAAGGAUGAGGAGUGCGGAGGCGGUCGCUGCUGCUGCUGGGGUCGUGGUGCUGCUGCUCCUGGCGUCGCGACAAGUGGUGGCGGGAGACGCUCAUGACAGCGACGACAAGGACAGUGGCAACGUUUUGAUCAUUGCGCUGGGCCGAAGUGGCAGCACCCUCACGACAGAGCUGCUCGCAGCUGCCACAAAGGGGUUUGUGUUCAACGAGCCUUGGCGCCGCACAGCCACAUACGCUCGACACUACCAAAUUGCCACGGCCGACCUCCCACAGCACUUGCAGUUCUGGUAUCAAAGCAUGUACGACUGCACCGUGUUUUCCAACAUGACGACGCUGCUGAGGCUUGUGGCCUACCGCCACAGUUGCUUUGGUGGCUUUGCUCAUCUUGACGAUGACUUUCCAACCCGCUGCACGGAGCAUCGCCUCACAAAAGAGGACAAAGCCCAGCUGUACCAACUCUGCACUCGGGCGCCGGCUCGGAUCAUCAAGACCAUCCGCUUCCGCAACGAGCUCAUGCUCAUGCCAAAGAUUGAGGGCCUUCGCAUUGUCCACCUCAUCCGUCGUCCAUUUCACAUCGCCAAGGGGCAAUAUCUGCUUGGUUGGCCGUUCAAAGGACAGUUCUCCAAAGCUGCAAGCGCCGUCCUUGCACAAGCACAUCCUCAACUAUCCCCACACGAACUCAACCUCGGAGGGAUUGCAUUGGACAAGACGCUCGACUCGCCACACAUUGUUGUCAAAUACGAGGACAUUCUAGCGCAUGGACCAGACAUGUUGGGGCAGCUCGUGGACUUUGUCAUGCCACACCACAGCGCAACCGAGGCCGACAUCACCGCCGUCUAUCGCAACGUGUCACAGCACACAUUUGUCAACUUCAAGAAGCUCGACCCACUCAUGCGGACGGCUGCGCUCCUUGGUGAUGACGAGUGGGAACGCCUGGCGCUGGCGCACUCAAAAUCAUGCAGACACGUAUAUCGGCGGUUUGGGUACAUGGCACCACACCUCAAGGUGGCGCCGAGGAACAGAACAACCACUCUCGACAACAUGGAUCGCUGAUCGAUUGCAGAUCGUGCUGUCACGAUUGUGACCACCCACUGGGCCCUCUCGCUUUGCAAGCUAGGAUAUUACUUUUGAUUUAGCGAGUUCUUGGUUCAAUUCAAGGCGAGCUGAUGCUUGAGCUCGCACGUUGAUGGUCAGCCUGCAGCAGCCCGGCAGCAGCACCACCACCGCACGAUGCGACUGCAUUGAUUUGCAUUGAGCAGCCACCAACACACACGCACACGCACACACACGCACACACACGCACACACGCACGCACGCACACAACACAUACGUGCAUCUGUGCGCUUGAGUGGGUUCUGUACUCGUGGACGGAUGGCAGAAUUGGCUGUGGCGGUGCACUAUUGGAGGGGCGACGUUGAGUGACGAGAACAGCGAGAUAGGAACGAAGACGAGCAGACAACCAACGAGGACGAGAAUGGGAAAGGGGGAAGCUGUCGCUACAGCAGCAGCAGCAGCAGCAGCAGAACCAAGCGGCCAUCACCCAAACGAGCAGCAGCAGCAACAGCGGCAGCAGCAAUCACGUGCUUCUGCUGAGGAUGGAGAGGACGGUACGGAGUUGGACAGAGAUGCUGAGCGCCAUAUCCCGGGAGAACUUGCUGUUGUCGAGCGGGCAGGCGAACUUCCGGCCGCGGCCGCUGCGACGGAGCGACGACGUGCGCAUGAGCCGCUGGCAGCAGCCGGCACACAGGGCGUGGCCGCAGGGCAGCGUGACGGGGUCGACCAGCAGGUGGCUGCACACACUGCACCGCAACGCAUCCCCCAAUUCAGCCUGGAGCGGUGUCAGUGUUUGUUGCUUGUGCUGCAUGUGCUGGUGCUCAUCAUCACCACCGCAGUUGCCUGCCUCGUCCAUGUCCCCAUCUCCUCCACACUCGGACGUGACGCUGCGGGCGGGGGCGCACGUGCUGCUGUUUCGGCCCGUGUCUGCCGUGCUCGCACUCUCACCCUCGUCAUUGUCAUCAGCGUCAUCAUCAUCAUCAUCGUCGUCGUUGUCGCUGCUGCUGUUGUCGUUGUUGUCGUUGUUGCCACCGCUGGCCCCGAGUGACGUCCGUGCCCGUGCCACCUGUACCUGUCGUCGUGGCGUGGGCGCCAACACAGCCUGUUGCUGUAGCUGCUGUUGCUGUUGCUGUAUGUGGUGUGUUAGUUGCGUGUGCUGGAUAGCCUGAUUGGUCGAGGCUGCAGUUGUUGGUGACGUGGCGGGCAGUGCUCCCUCCUGACUGCUGGCGGUUGGCUGCCCUGCUUGCUGCUGCGGGACGCGUGUGUCUGUUUGAUGCUGGUCACUCUCCUCGUCGCACCGAAGCAUCCGCUCUACGACAGCACAUAAAACAUAUGGAUGGCAG